CGACGAUCUCUUGUAUGCCUUUGAAAGACUGGUAAAAUCUUCACAGCAACCUGAAAUUUGAAGGAGGCGAAGAAGUUCCUGAAGCAUAUCACUUUCCUUUCUCCGCACAAUAUUAUAAAAAUAUUCGUUUCCUCUCAGUAAGUCUGCGGUCGAGUAGUUCCUGCUCUACGUUCACCAGAAGUACUUACAGUAGAAUCUGUGCCUAUCCAAGUGGUCAUCAAGAAACCACGAGCAAAAAGUAUAGUAUCCAUUUUCAGAUGAAGUUUGGUCGAUGCUGUAAUUAAACGCACCAAAACAACUACUACAUCAUCAGCUUUAAAAAACAAGUAGACAACCACGAUGGCACCGUCGAAGUCGGAGGUUGAGUUGCGGAAGACUCUCGAGUCCACGCGAUCCGGUUCGAAGUCACCACCAAGCGGGGGUGACAAGGAAGCAAAACAAGCGACAGAAGCAGCUGCUAGUACAGAUGACUACACGCCAUCCGCGUACAUUAGCAAAGCGAAGGGGAUUCAGCAGUUCGCUCCGAUCGCAUUGCUACUGGCGAGCAACAAGUACCCCCUGGAGGACUUGGGCGUGAACAAUUUUCGGGCGUUGCACGUGAUCGUAAACGUGUUUGCACUCCUCGCACUGGUGUACAUUCGGCGGGAGAUGUUCAACGCCCAGGCAGAAGAGGAGAAGACGGGAAAAGCCCUGCCAGAAGUCGACGUCCCAGCAAAAAUGGUGAUGGGAGCCGAGCAGACACCAGCGUGUAAAAUGGGGAGACUGGUAUCGUAUUUAUAGAAAAUUUGUCCUGCUGAUCCGGCAUGAGACAAACGUGAAUUUUUUGUCUUGCAUUUUUUCCUUUGGACGAUCAAAAAUAAUCACAUUUAUACAUACAUACCGCUCAUCAGGAAUACGAUCUGACGCAGUGGAAGGAGCAGCUGCAGAAGACGGUGAUAAGUUGGGGCAUGCUGAUGUUCAUUCACAUGCAGUUCGGCGCGCUGCUUCCCCUCGCGUUCCAAAUCGUCACCGUACCGCUGGAGCUGAUAGUGUCGCCGCUAUUCGAAAGCUACGUGGUCAGGAAUCAGGUAUAGGUUUACUAAGUAGCUUUAUUACUGGGCACAUCAAUUCGUUCACUUAGGGUCCUUCGUUGGUUUGGACGAUGAACAUGUGACUUCCACAAAGAGUAAGAGUCUCUGCAGUAAGUAUCCUGUUUCCGUUCAAAAGUCUUUGCAUGCUGCAUGCUGCGUAGUUCGACACAGAUUGGUGGAAAACCAAUGCAAUGCUGAAUGAAACAGAAACUCAAAUAAAAUCUUCUAUCAGGUUCCAAGGCCUUUCGCCGCCCCAGCCAGCCCGUUCGCAGAAGUGCAAGAGAGGUGGAAGAAGGUACAGGAGGAGAUGAAACAAGAACAACAAAAAGUAGAGGAAAAGAAGGAAGAGUAGGGGAACAACCUUCUUCUAAGUACAACUGGUGUGCCAUAUCAUGUUCAGACAUGACAUAUAUUCGAUGACCACACGUACAUGUAGUGUAAUAAACGAAGAAAGAAACAAGUGG